UACCUCUAACCAACAUCUAUUGGUGCUGGUGGAGGCCGCAUUGUGGCGGCAAGCCAGCAAUGUCGGCGCCGGCGACGUCACAAGGGUUGCUGUUGCUAGCUGUUGUUGGAACAAAGUCCACCGAACACCGACUGAGCAAACUAGAGCGACGUUUGCGACAUGGCGCUGCAGGAAGAGCAAAAAAAGAUUCUGUGUGUUGGUCUUGUUUGCCUCGACAUCAUCAGUGUUGUGGACAAAUUUCCCCAAGAGGAUUCUGACAGCAGGUGUUUGUCCCAGCGAUGGCAACGAGGAGGCAACGCGUCUAAUUCCUGUACGGUUUUGUCGCUUCUCGGAUCCCCCUGCGCAUUCAUGGGGUCGCUUUGUGCCGGACCUGUGGCCAGUUUCAUAGCGGAUGACUUCUUGCGUCGGUCCAUCGAUAUUUCGGCCGUGGCGUGGCAGACAACAGGCCAAACGCCGAGCGCAUGUUGCGUGGUUUGUCCGUCGAGUGCUUCUCGCACUGUACUGCUGGCCGACACUAACAUCGCGGAAGUGACAUUGGACGACUUUAACGCAGUGGACUUGAGUGCCUUCAAGUGGAUCCACUGGGAGGGGCGCAACGCCGAUGAGCAGGUGAAGAUGAUCACCCGAGUGGAACGCUACAACCAGACUGUGGCGCCGGAGCGCAUGAUCGUCGUCUCCGUGGAGAUUGAGAAGCCCAGAGAAAAGCUUUAUCAGCUCUUUGAUCGCGCCGAUGUGGUGUUUGUGAGCAAAGAUGUGGCUCGCCACCUGGGCUUCCAGACGCCGACCUGCGCCCUCCGAGGACUCCGACCUCGACUCCGGCCGGGAGCCGUCCUGAUCUGCGCCUGGGCUGAGAAAGGAGCGGACGCGGCUGAUGCCGACGGGACGCUGCUGCAUUCUGACGCCUUCCCCCCGGAGCGCGUACUGGACACGCUGGGCGCGGGCGACACCUUUAACGCCGCUGUUAUUCACAAGCUGGCCCGCGGUCGCCCCCUGCAGGAGGCGCUGACGUUCGGCUGCAGGGUGGCGGGCGCAAAGUGCGGCUUCCACGGUUACGACGACAUCGCCCACACAGGUUUAAUCUAACAGCGGAGAGUCCCAAUAAAAGCGGUCAGACAAACA